UUCUAUCUUCUAUCUUUUUUCUGUCAGGUUAGCAGCGAGGAAACAGCCUACCGGGCAGUGAUUCGUUGGGUCUACCAGGACGUUGAUGAGCGCUCUUCGCACCUACCAGGCCUUCUGAGUCAGCUGCGUCUGGCCACAAUGUCGGUCCGUUUUCUGACGGACGUAGUCGACUCUGAGCGGCUCAUUCGUCUGUCGAUGGAGUGCCGUGACCUCGUGGAUGAAGCGAAGCGAUUUCAUCUGCGUCCUGACCUACGUCCUCAAAUGCGUGACCGGCGAUUCCGCCAGCGUGACAGCGGUGAUGAGUACUUAGUAGUAAUUGGUGGUUUCGGCUCCUAUCAAAGUCCUUCAGACUCGGUAGAGAUGUUCAACCCACGGACACGAGAGUGGAGUGAGUUGCCGAACCUGCCUAUCAGCUACCGUUACGUCGCCGCGUGUUCCCUGGGCACAUGCGUUUACGUAAUUGGCGGUUUUGACGGUGGCGAACGCCUCAAUACUGUUGGUCUCCUCGAUGUGGGCCAGCGCGAAAGGGGAUGGCGCUGGUUGACACCCAUGCAUUAUAAGCGUGGGCUCUCUGCAGCAUGUACCCACCAAGGUCUCAUAUAUGUGUGCGGCGGCUUCGAUGGACAGACCCGUCUGCGAGCCUUAGAAGUCUAUCAUCCGAAAAUUGCCGAAUGGCGCAUCCUAGAGGAAAUGAGUACUGCUCGAGAAGGCGCCGGUCUCGUUGUGGCUGACGACUGUCUCUACUGCCUCGGUGGUUAUGAUGGUUUUCAGCUACUGAACAGCAUGGAGGCGUACGAUUUGCGUCGUGGGACGUGGUCAAUGUGCAAGCCCAUGUACAUGCGCCGAUCGGGUGCUGGCUGUGCCGUGCUUGGAGACAACAUCUACGUGUGUGGUGGAUAUGGUGGCGCUGAGGGCAGAGGCCCGCUGCAUCUGGACACAGUGGAGUCCUUCAACACCCGUCUCUGUCAGUGGACCCUGGUAUCCAGUAUGAAUGUGCCGCGGUGCUAUGUCGGAGCAUGUCAGCUCGCCGGUCGUAUCUACGUCGCAGCUGGGUAG